AUGUCGGAUCGGUUGGUAAUUCCGUCUAACUUUCGCCAACGUAUUCUGAAGCAACUUCAUCGGGGUUCAGGAAUCGGGAAUCGAGAGGAUGAAAGCUAUCGCUCGCAGUUAUGUUUUCUGGCCAAAAAUCGACAACGCCAUCGAAAAUUUUGUCAAGAAAUGCAACAACUGUGCCACUCAAAGACACCAACAAAGGUUCCACUGCAAUCAUGGCCGCAAGCAACCAAACCAUGGGAACGAAUUCAUAUUGAUUUCGCUUGGCCGUUUUUUGACCAAUAUUUCUUGGUAGUUGUCGAUGCGCAUUCAAAAUGGCCGGAAGUAAAGAUCGUACAAUCUUCAACCACACCAGCAGUUACUGAAUUCCUGGAUGAACUGUUUUCACGAUUUGGAGAUCCAGAAACUGUAGUAUCAGACAACGGUUCGCAGUUUACCUCGGAUCACUUUGCAGCAUUCUGCAAGGAGCAUGUAAUCCAGCAUUUGCGAACAGCGCCGUAUCACCCAUAG